AUGUCAUCAAGCAAUCAACAAACAUUCAGGAGUCAACUCUCCGGCUUCCGCUGGGCAAAUAGCGUCCAGGACGACUCUGCCGCCGCCGCAUCCGCGUCGGCCCAGGCUGGACCGUCCAAUGCGUUCGGGCGCGCAUGGACAGGUCUGAGCGGGUAUAUACCGCUGAGAAAUGAGGGACGGAGUCAAGAGGAGGAGGCUUACUUCGCAUUAUCGCGAUGGGAACGAUUCUUAGGAUUCUUGGCUUGUUGUCUGGGCGGGAUGGCAUGUUUUGGAAUAGCUUUCCUGUUCCUGCCGCUUUUGGCUGUGAAACCAAGAAAGUUCGCUUUGGCCUUUACGCUCGGCUCAUUACUCUUCAUGCUGGGUUUUGCAAUUCUCCAUGGACCUUGGAAUCAUCUGAAGCAUAUCCUUUCGGCUGAGAGAUUACCGUUCUCCCUAGCCUACUUUGGCUCGCUGGCGUUGACACUAUUCUUCGCGGUCGGUAUCAGGAGCACGAUCGGCACGCUCGUUGCCGCUAUAAUACAAGUCGGCGCCCUUCUGAGCUACUUUGCAGCGUACUUCCCAGGCGGAAUCACCACAUUACGGUUCGGUGCACAAAUGGCUAUGCGGGGCGCGGGGAACAUAUUGCCCAUAUAG